UUUGGGUCCUGGCUGGAUGGGCGUUUGGAGGCGCUGGGAGUGGACCGAGCCGUGUAUGGCGCCUACAUCCUCGGCGUCCUGCAGGAGGAGGAAGAGGAAGAGAAACUGGACGCCUUGCAGUGCAUCCUCUGUGCUUUCCUGGAAGAAGAUUCCCUACUUACCAUCUGCAAAGAGAUUGUGGAACGGUGGUCGGAAUCUCAGAAUGUUGUCCCCAAAGUGAAGAAAGAAGAUGAGGUCCAGGCCAUCACCACCCUGAUUGAGAAGCAGGCGCAGAUCGUGGUAAAGCCCCGGAUGGUGUCGGAGGAGCAGCGGCAAAGGAAAGCCGCCCUGCUGGCGCAGUACGCAGAUGUGACUGACGAAGAGGAUGAAGCAGAGGAGAAUGACGAUUCCGGCCCGGGGAUGAAUGCCGGUUCCGACAGAUCUCUGUUCCGAAACACCAACGUGGAGGAUGUCCUCAGCGCUCGGAAACUGGAGCGGGACUUGCUUCGGGAUGAGUCCCAAAGGAAGAAGGAACAGGACAAGCUGCAGAGGGAGAGGGACAGACUGGCCAAGCAGGAGCGCAAGGAAAAGGAGAGGAAAAGGACACAGAGAGGGGAGCGGAAGCGAUAACCUCAGCCAGCUUCGCUCUUCCCCUUGUGGACCUCAAGUCGAGCAGGGUGCACAGACUUGUGUUUAGGACUGAGGUAACUGCGGCGAAAGGUUCCCUCUUGUUUACAUGGUUAAAAGGAAAAUCACAAUCAUUCUAAUUACGAUAGGUGUGUGUUUGGUGGUGUGGGCAGUCAUAGUCAUUGUUCUUUACCAAAGACCUGGAAUGGGGCAGCCUUCAUACUUUAAUACUCAAGUCCCAGGCUUCUUUAAAAAAUAAAUCUUCCUUGGGUAAAGAGCAGGAUUCAGAAAGCUGACUCAGGUUUCGUCCUGAAGGAGUGGAGCUGAGACCUACGCUCUGCGGGGCACAGCAGGGCCACAGGACGCCCUGGAGGUGAUGUUACCCCAGUUGUAGGAGUUUCCCAGCUGAGAUAGGAAGCCCUACUGAAUCCAGAGUUUAUGGAUGUGGCAGCAAACUAGGAAAGGGACUGUUUGGCGAGGGAAUGUUAUAGAUCUGAGAAUGUUUUUAAAGAAAGUUUCAGCUUACAAGACAGAAAAAAGUCUUUUUAAAUAGAGAUCGUUAUGUAUUUUUCCUCUACUGGGCAGUGACUUUGUGCUUUAAGGAGAGAGUGGUAUUGAGUGCAAGGAUAUCUUUGUUAGCUAAAUUAAUUUUUUGUAAUCAUGAAUCUUCUUGAGUUCUAGUAAAUUUUAAGCCUGAUCUGCCCUAAAUCAUGACUACUAAGACCGCUAGUUCCUGGUUUAGAGAAAUUGGAGGUAUUACCCUUGUAAGAAAAGCACUGGAACCCUUGGUGACACAAAGAUGCUUAGGGCAGGGCCAGUAGGUGCUUAGUUAACUUAUCCAGUGGGCCAGUGAGUGGUCGGGAGCCUGGGAUCAGAGGUUACAGGGCACCACUCCUGCCCUUGUCACGGCCUGGCUGGCUGCAGGGCAGGCCUUUCCCUCGCUGACUAUAACAACAAAGUGAACAGGGCUCAGCACACUGCCACCCAGGAGCCAGAAUGGCACUUUUUUUUUUUUUU